AGAGUGUGUUAGAGCUGAGUAAGUGUGUUAGCUAUGGCCAAUUCCGGUGUUAUGAAGCUUGUGUGCCUUGUUCUGGCCUGUAUGGUUGUGGCUGCUCCUCAUGCGGUAGAUGCUCUCACAUGCGGGCAGGUGGUGUCAAAUUUGGCUCCAUGCCUCACUUACCUUCGCAGGGGCGGCUCGGUGCCUGUGACUUGCUGCAUUGCCGUGAGAUCCCUCAAUGCCGCCGCUAAAUCCACUCCUGAACGUCGGGCCGCUUGUGGGUGCCUCAAAAACGCCUAUAAAUCCGUUUCCGGCAUCAACGCCGCCAUUGCUGGUGGUCUUCCUCGCAAAUGUGGUGUCAACCUUCCCUACAGGAUCAGCCCCUCCAUCGACUGCUCCAAGUAUACUCUCUCUCUCUAA